ACCAUGAUUUUUUGCAUUCUGCUGUUUGUUUUUAUGGGAUCUGUUGCUGCCGAUAACUCCAGUCUGAGUUACGAGCAGGAACCUGAGAGGUCACAUCGUUUAAUCAUCAACCAACACGAGCCUUUCAAUGCUGAAACUGGAGUAGACGAUUUGAGUAAAACAUUUUUGACACCAUCGGAGAUUUUUUAUGUCCGUAAUCAUGGACCUGUGCCCGCACUGCAAGAACCGGAGCACUUCAACAGUACCUACAUGCUGCAGGUGAAUGGCAUUGUCGAAAGUCCAUUUAACAUCUCCUUGGGCGCUUUACAGAGGUUUCCGGAGAAGGUUUCCAUGAACGCUACCUUAAUGUGCGCGGGAAACCGGAGGACAGAAAUGAGCAAGAUAAAGACAGUUAAGGGUGUGCCGUGGGGACCUGGAGCUAUCGGAAAUGCCGAGUGGACCGGUGUUCCCUUAUGGACACUGCUCUCCAUAGCGAAAGCAGACUUGGACAAUCCGAAUCUGCAUGUGGAAUUUUCGGGAGGUGAUGUGUUUGAGGGUACCACUCACUAUGCUCAAUCUAUUCCCAUGUAUAAAGCAGGAGAUCGUAAAGGUGAUGUAUUAGUGGCAUGGGCGAUGAAUGGUCAGCCGCUGACGUUGGAUCAUGGCUAUCCUCUCCGAGUUGUUGUUCCGGGUUUUAUCGGUGCAAGAAGCGUCAAAUGGCUGAACAGGAUAACGGUUCUGGAUCAUGAAUCUCAAAAUAGAUAUCAACAGAAGGACUACAAACUCUUUUUGCCGAGUGUCACUUGGGAAAAUGUGGAUCCUCUGUGGAAUAUUACGCCGGCACUUACUCAAUUGUCUGUUCAAUCCGCAAUAACGGAACCAGCCGAUAAUUCUACUAUUAUGCACGGCAGUCCGUAUACGAUAAAAGGAUACGCCCAAUCGAAUGGAGCACGAAUUACACGGGUGGAUGUUUCCCUGAACAACGGGAUCACGUGGCAGGCCGCUGACAUUGUCUAUCAAGAAAAAAAAGGUUACGAUAAUCGCUACUGGAGCUGGACUAUCUGGGCAUUGCCGGUGGCGGAAUUCCCAUCACCGUGCGUUAUCGUAUGUCGUGCCUGGGACACUUCUGCUAAUACUCAACCGGAAGCAGCAGCUCAUAUUUGGAAUCUUCGUGGAGUAAUGAAUAAUGCGUGGCAUAGAGUGCAUGUACAUGAUGAUAAACAUGCAUGAAAAGGAGCUUUACAGCAGAUAUUUCGCUAUUAUUCGUCAACGCAAUAUUUGAUAAUGGUUUUAUUUUUCCACAUAAGUAUCGCUAAUGUCGCGGGUAUUAUCCAUAUAUGCUCGUAAUGAUUAUUUAAUUUCUUUGGAUUUGAGAAAAAGUAAAAUUGUACUAUAUUAUGUCCAGAACAUUUUGCCGCCUACAUAUAAUUUACCGUCAAAGAAAGUCCAGUGUGGCGAAAAUGAAUACGGCAUGAGCGACUGAGAAGUGCGAAAUCAUUUGAGAUUCGCUGAGAACUUCAAAUGAAUUGUUUUGAUAUCGGCAGUCUCUGGAAGUGGAGAUACAGCGGGAAAGCACAGCAUCAGUAGUAUGGACACAA